UCGUGGUGUACGAUAUAAACACGGAUAACACAUGUGUCAAUUCUUCUUCUUUAAUUUGUUAUAAUUUAUUAUUACCGACAAUUAAUAGAAUUCAUUUUUGAACAAUUUACACAAAAAAAAAAUGGAAACAGUCGAAAGAUUAAAUUAUGAAAAUAAAAUAAUAUUAGCGCCUAUGGUUAGAAUUGGAACACUUCCCAUGCGUCUUCUUGCUUUAGAAUACGGUGCUGAUAUUGUUUAUACCGAAGAAUUAAUCGAUUGGAAAUUAAUUCGUUCAGUUAGACGAGAGAAUGAUGUUUUGGGAACUGUGGAUUUUAUUGACAAAACAGAUGGAACUGUUGUUUUUCGCACAAGUCGACGUGAAAAAAAACAUGUUGUUCUUCAAAUUGGCACAUGUGAUGUAAGUCGAGCAUUAAAAGUUGGACAAAUGGUGGAAAAUGAUAUAGCAGGAAUUGAUGUCAAUAUGGGUUGUCCAAAAAGAUUUUCCAUUCUAGGUGGAAUGGGCGCUGCACUUUUAGAAAAACCCGAUAAGGCAAAGGAAAUACUUGAAACUUUAGUGAAUGGUCUUAAAAUACCGGUAACAUGUAAAAUACGUGUUUUAUCGUCAUUAGAAAAAACACUUGAACUUUGUGAUAUACUUGCGUCUACAGGAAUAUCAGCAAUUACCGUUCAUGGUAGAACAAGAGAUGAGAGACCACAACAUCCAAAUCGAAAUGAUAUUUUAAAAAAAAUUGCUCAACAUCUUUCAAUACCUGUUAUUGCAAAUGGUGGUUCAAGAGAAAUUGAAAAACGAUCUGAUAUAUUUAAAUUUAAACAAGAAACUGGAUGUAGUAGCGUUAUGAUUGCUAGAGCUGCCGAAUGGAAUUGUUCAAUAUUUCGAAAAGACGGUUUACUACCAAUGGAUGAAAUAAUAACAACUUAUUUGAAACUUGCAGUUGAUUAUGAUAAUGCACCAACUAAUACUAAAUAUUGUAUUCAAAAUAUUUUACGAGAUCUUCAAGAGUCGCCGCUUGGAAAAAAAUUUUUAGACACUCAAACUCUCGAGCAAAUUUGUGAGGUUUGGAAUAUGGAUGAUUAUUGUAGGCAAAAAUCGAAAGAAUAUCGAGAAAAAGGAUUAAUGGGACGAUUUCAAGUUGUACCUGAGUCUUUUGCAAUGGAAACUAUUAAUGCCAAUGGAUCAUGUAAAAGAAAAUUUGACGAUGAUGUAACAUUAAUGCAAUGUGCAUUUAUAAGAAAUAAUUAUACGAACGAUGUUGAUCUACCAAAAACUAAAUUAUUAAAAUGGGUAAAGGAAAAUAGGAAGAAAAUGCCCAUUUAUGAUACACAACAUGCGGAUAAACUUUUCCGUUCAAUCGUCAGUGUUGAUGGUAGAAAAUAUGGUUCAUCUUUUUGGGAAAAGAACAAAAAAUUUGCUGAACAAGGAGCAGCUUUAGUAUGUAUCUCCUCAUUGGGCCUUGUCGAUCUAGAAACAUUAACAAAAAAUGGAAACAUUCUCGCGUGAUAUUUACAGUUUGUUUCGAAAAUAUUAUAAUUUAUAUAUUUUCGAAUUUGAGAUUAUAAAAUGUAUAUGAAUGAAAUAUUACAUUGUAAAUAUAACUGUAUAAUAUAUAUAUAAAGUACAAAAUUUUAACUUGUACAAUAAUAAAUUUAAAUUAAAGUUUA